AAAUGUUAUGCGGUCGAAAGGAGUUUGGGGAAUCUCUCAUACAAGGGUCCCUACAGAAUCCAGACCUGGGAACGUAGCAAUUGCCGCUGGACUAUAUGAAGACCCCAGUGCUCUUUUCAAAGGAUGGAAGAAAAAUCCAGUAGACUUUGACUCUACAUUCAAUCGGAGCACGAAAACGUGGGCGUGGGGAAGUCCUGAUAUAGUACCGAUGUUUGUUGAAGGUAGUCAUGAAAAUGUUCACGGUGCUACUUAUCCCAACGACUGGCAAGAUUUUGAUGCGAAAACCAAUUCUCCAAGACGUUUAGACCAGUGGGUUUUCAACGAAUAUGAUACGUGGAUCAACGUUCAUGGAAAAUCCUCAAAAAAUCAAAGUGGAAUGCUUUUGUUCUUCCAUUUACUGGGCUGUGAUACAGUCGGCCAUGCUAGUAAACCGCCAUCCAGGGAAUAUGAAUCGCAAAUGACAUUCGUAGACGCUGAAAUAGCGGAAGUAAUGCGGAAAACUGAAGCAUUCUUCGGCGAUAAUGCAACUGCUUAUAUUUUUACUGCUGACCAUGGUAUGACAGAUUGGGGAUCACAUGGUGGUGGAUCCUCUGAUGAGACUGAAACUCCUAUCGUAGCCUGGGGAGCAGGUAUUGCUAGAAAAAAUCUACAAAGAGAUAUCAACCAAGCUGACAUUACUCCUUUCAUUUCUACGUUACUUGGAAUUUCGAUCCCCACCAACAGUGAGGGAAUAUUGCCUAGAUUUUUUUUAGAAAAAUCGAAUGAGGAAUUUGGACUUAUCUCAGUAUUGAAUAAUAUUAAGCAACUACAGAUUCAAAUAAAAGCAACUAGAGUCCAAACAAUGGGUGACAGGCCCAGUGUUUCACAAAAACAUGAACAGGAGUUGGCAGCAUUAAUUGAUACUAUAGAGAUCUUACUACGAAACAAUCAAAUAACCGAAGCACUGAACCAAACUGACAACAUAAUUGCAAUGAGCAAAGAGAUGCUUUAUUACUAUAGAGAGUUUCAAAGAUGUCAAUUAAUUACUUACUUAACGUUAUUGUGGAUCGGAUGGAUUGUGCUUUUAGUAUUCAAGAUGACAGGCACUCAACGCCAGACACUUAUUACAUCAAAUAAUGGAAUUUCAUAUCUAACGUUGGCCAAUACAGUAUUUUGCAUCGCUGUGAUUUUACUUAUAACUGAACACUAUGCUCUACUUGAGCCUUGAGUGAGCCGUGGUGAUCUCCACAUCAUCAUUGUUAGCCUCAGACAAGCCCGCAAAUCUCUCAUUUGGGCUGACCUUGUUGCCCACCCUGAAAUGAGACUUCAGUGAACGAUGAAGAUAAGUCUAAACCAGCACUGAAUUACUCAGCCUAAGUAUACUAAAGCUUCUACAGCUCUGUUCUCAUCAUCAGCCUUUAAGAUUCUUAGCUUCACUAGACGAGGCCUUAGCCAAUCCUGAAUAUAAGAUUAGGGAUAUACAAGGUUCGUUAAAGGAUGACCUUAUCGCCGAGCCUCUGAAUUCCUACCUGCGUUAGAUAAUUCCCAAAGAUUGUUAUUGAGUUUUGUAAUCAAACUAUCGCUAUUGCAAAUACCACGUUCAACAACAUUUUCAAUUUUCUUAGAAAAGUCCAAUUCAUUCAUCAUAAGAAUGUGAUUCACUUCAUUUGUUUCCAAUUUUCGAGUGCCGAGCAGCUAUUACAUUGAUGUCUAUUGAUGCAAUCUUUACGUAUAUUUUCGACUUUUUCUCUAGUUUUGAUUAAAUUCCUCAGGUUGGGUGACAUUCUCUCUUCCUAACGGGUCAUUAUAAUACUCGAUUUUUAUUACAGAACUGUUCACAUUUAGAUAAGGAUUAUACUAUCUAAUUGCCUUAUGCACCCUACUGUCACCAUGAACUACUAUGUGGGAAUAUAUCAAACCGUCCUGCUCCAAGCUCCUGUUAAAUCCAACCAAAAUUGCUUCAGCUUCAUGCCAGUUGAGCAGGCAUAAAAAUUUUUAAAGCAUCUGUCUGCCUGAUGAUUAUGUCGCAAAUUAUUACGUCGCGAGCACAUAGAGUAGUAGACUGGUAAAUGUCAAUGCAUAACACUCAUUUUGAACAGUUGCUCACAAUUGCGACGCUCGAAAGAGAAUUGUGUGCACUGGUGAUAUAUGAUAUCAUUGCAUCGGUUCCAUUACAAACACCUCAGAGUAUCAUCGAUCGUCAGGUUUAAGCUGCAUUAAGAGCGGCGAAUUUAAAAUUUUCUUCGGUACCUACCUGUCUCUCUUAGAAUAACUUAAUAUUGUGAACUUUACAUAUCACAUUCUCUAUGUAGUCAUGAAAGAUAUUGUGAAGUUCGGUGAAUAUUCAGUAGAUUCCCACAAACACUCUGGGUUUAAUCCAGGUCGCACGUUCACAAGUGGAGAAAUUUAAAUGAAAAAGUUAAAUACCUCAAGUUCAGGAUCAAUGAUUUGGAUGACCUGAGGUUGUAUUCGCCUGCAUAUAUAUGUUCAAGAGAUACAUUACUCCCUAAUAAAUCAAGAUACUUGCCAAAUGUUGCUUUUCUAAAUUUUAAUACCAAAUCAUCUGAAAACUGAAACAUUCUAUCUUCUAACGUUGCUAUCAGUUCCUCCGUACUCAUUGCUUUUAUAUUCACUCUGUCAUCGAUGAUCUGGUCGAUCGCAACCGACCAUGUACAAACUGACCUGUGAAUUCGUUAAGUCCCUGAAGUCCUUUUUCCUACUUCGAGCACGACGACCUGACCAUGGUAAUUUUUGCAUAUCUUACAUGAUUUCUGGAAUGAAAACUGGAGCUCAGCCGUUUGAGUUAUCUGUGACUCCUUCUCUUCUAUUGCAACACUUGUCGAUGAACUCUUAUCAUCAGUGCAUCAGUCAAAAUGUACUUUUGCUUAAAAUCAAGAAAGUUGGAUUAUACUCCAUAUCGACAAUUAAUCAAUAGAGUUUGGGUGACCUCGAAAUCAAUCAGAUUUGAGAGCACUUGACCCAGAAAAUCGCUGCCAGGUCAGCAGUUACGAUCGCGAUUUCAAGUAUAGACAUGUUCUCCGUGUUGAUAAAAUAAACGCUCAUAGCUUUUGCGAGUCCAUUAAUGGGUUUAAUAUUAAAUUUAAUUGUCACCUUCAUUGGCGUUCAGUUUUCUAGUUAUUCAAUACCUUAUAGCCAAUUACUAGUUCACCAAACAACCUCCCAUUGCAUAACAUCUAAUAUAAUUAAUUACCUCUUGUAACUAUGAAUAGAUGAUGAAAACUACGAAAAAAUCGAUUUUCCUUAGAAUCACAGAUACUGUUUCAAAAUGAUCAGAAUGUUGUGCUUGAGAUGGUCGUGUGGGUGUCAAAUAAUUUCCCCAUUACGAGGACACGCAAUAGCUACAUGGACCAUCGAUAACUAUUUAGAAAACAUCAUAGAGGGAGAAUUAUAAGAGGCACCAUUAUCAAUGAAUUAUGGUGAUUCAACAUCAUCAUAAUCUCUGGAAAGCCUGAAAAUGAAUGGACCAUUGAAGGAAGUUACACGUUAAUUUUUCGUAAUUACACGACAGGAUAACGAAUUACGUUUUUUUUCGCCAAAUGAAAUCAUUUUUCAUUCU